AUGUCCUUGGGCGAUUUCUUGACUGAUCCAUCGACUGGCUCCUGGGCUGAUGAAAUGGAGGGUCUACCUUCUGCCCCUGCCGCCGCCUAUUCAGAUCAAGGAGAUCACGAUGAUCGCCGUGGCGGUUAUGGAGAUAAAAGAAGUUUUUCUGGCGGUCGAAACUAUUCACGGGAUUCUCCGCGUGAUUCAAGAUUUCCGAGUCGCUCGGAGAGGGUACCGCAAACACUUCCGACAGCCCCGCCGUAUACAGCACAUUUAGGUAAUUUACCAUUCGAUCUCGACGAACACGACAUCCAUGAAUUUUUCCGUGGGUCCAAGAUAGCAACUGUUAGAAUACUCCGUGAUAGAGAUAGAGACGAUCGAUCCAAAGGCUUUGGCUACGUUGAAUUUCAAGAUUUACAAUCAUUAUCCGGAGCGUUAGAAUUAAAUAACGAGACACUUCGUGGGAGGCCUAUCAGAGUCAGCGUAGCUGAUCCACCACGUGAACGAGAACCAAGAGAAGAUCGUACUGCUGGUGAGUGGCGACGUGCGAUGCCAAGAGAUUCACCGGUCUCAUCUCCCCGAAACGACCGGUUUAACAGUAACGAUAGGUUUGGACACCGAGAUGGGAGGUGGUCAGAGCGUGGCAGUUUUCGCGAUCGCGGAAUAGAUCGGCCGGGAGAUCGAAAUGAUCGUUUCGAAAGAGGCGGAUUUGACCGUCCUGAUCAGGGAGACCGCGGCAAUGUGGAUAGAUCUGACGGUAGUAAAACUGAUAUUCAGUGGAGAGGCGGUGGGUUUGGCAACAAACCCGGAAUGACCCGAGAACGGCGAGGAGAAGAGAGACAUGGGCCUUCAAGUGUGUCUCCACCACCGAUGCGUAAGAAGCUUGAACUUAAACCUCGGACCGUCGAUGUCUCACCCCCACCUUCUGAGCUUGCUCCCACUACGCCGCGAAACAAACCAAACCCAUUCGGAGAAGCAAAGCCGAUAGACAACGAUGAAGCUUUGAGACGGGUCGAGGAACGAAGACGACAGAAAGAGAAAGAACGUGAAGAUAAGGGAAAUCCCGAAGCACUCUCCGACAAAUCAGAGAAAAGCGAUUAA